CGCGGCUCGUCGUCGGCAGUCAGGGAAAGAAGGAAGGCUCCGGAUCUCGACCAAUCGCGUUCCGCUGGCGGGGGUUGUGCCAUAAAUGUCGCGCGUCGAGCCGUGGAAACCCGCCGUCAGGUCGGCGCCACCGUACCGACGCCCGGUAUACUAGUCCACAUUUUUGGCGGCAGCUGCCCAGUCUAAGGUCCAAACCCCGAACCGAACGGUCGUCCGAAAUACUUAGCGAACGAGUGUGGUAAAUAGUUCAGUAGAGCGGCAAAAUGGACGCGCGCUUCCGAAGCAACCUCGACAUGAUCGGGCGCAACGAGCCCAUCACAAGGAAAGCCAAAUUCUGGCAAAGUUAUGUCCGAGCCUUGAAAGGCACCGACGAUAUCAGAGCUCCCGAACACACGCACAGACCCCGUGGCAUUUUCCGCUCGGAAUACCCUGAGCUGUCCACCUCGUGGCCAUUCGGCAAAUCUAUCUUUGAAAACCCCAUUCACGCGGCCGAUCGAAUCAACGUCCCUGGAUACAGGUACCUGCCCGUCCACCGCGAGAUCUACGGUUACUCACCGAGGCAGAUCUACCCGCACCAAUACAAACCUGUAGAACGCUUCACCCCCGCGAAACCGUUCGACCCUGAGAAAGCUUGGACCGAUCACCUGAACCGCUUGGCAGACAUCGACAGAAUGUAUCCGAGCAAAGCGCCUUUGCUCUCCCGGCAUAUAAGCCCGCCGCUCAGUACGAAGCGAUUGUUCGACAUCUACGGUAACUUGUUAGACGAUUCGCAUUUGAUACCGUCUCUAUCGUCACUGCUUCGCCGGAAGCCGUUGUUCGAUCUCCUCGAACCGUCCCCAAUGGCGCCCAUUAGCGCGUUUACGAGAGACCCAUGGUGGUACCCGAGCUACGCUCCCUACAUCCCCGGCUACGCUCAAAGGAGCACUCCUUUCUAUCUGAGAGACAGUUACCUCAGUCCUGUGAAGCGUAGCUACCUAUGGAGCCGACAUCCAAUCAGGCCUUUCGGAUCGUUAUACUACUAUUAUUCGCAGCCAGUUCCAGUAUUUCACUUUACCCGUCCGUGGUACAAUAAACGUACCACAUAUUAAGAAACAAAACAAAACUCACGUCUACUGAUGACCGUGUCGCCCCGUGUCGCAUGGAACGCGCGAUACGUCACGAACCGAUGAAAAAAGCUGAGUAAAAACACGUAAAAAGAAUUGCAAAAAAACAAAAACAGAUAUGACAGAGUAUACGCAUCGUAUCCCGAAGAACAGCGCGACACCCGUCGCCCGACGCUAUGCCUUUUCUUUCUCGCAGUGCGUACCGUCGUCCAUGAUGUCUUAUUUAUUAACGUUAAUCGCCACCAUGGUUUAUUGUACUCUUCAUUCGUGCUGUCUACGAAUAUAAUAAAACACUGCCCAAAUUUUA